UUUUUGACGAUUUAACAUUCUUCAAUGUGUUGAGCUGCAACAAUCAGGACAAUACAUUAACAUACAAGGAUAAAUAUACUGGUUUUAGUGACAAUGCCACCCAAGAAAGAGUCUAUUGUAACACAAUGGAAUUUAUCAGAACGUGGACGAAAGGCUGAGAGUUUGCUUCUAGAGACUCCAUAUGAUGUAGAUGCAUGGGGUGUAUUGCUCCGUGAAGCACAGAAUUAUCCGGUGGAUCAAGCCAGAGAUCUUUAUGAACGACUCGUUACACAAUUUCCAACUGCUGGGAAAUACUGGAAGUUAUACAUUGACCAAGAGAUGAAAUACAAGAAUUUUGACCGAGUGGAGAAGUUAUUUCAAAGAUGCUUAAUAAAGAUACUUAAUAUGGAUCUCUGGAAGACUUACCUUUCGUAUGUAAAAGAAACUAAACAGGCUCUUGCAAGUUUCAGGGAGAAAAUGAUUCAAGCAUAUGAAUUCGCCAUUGAUAAGAUUGGAUUAGAUCAGCAUUCUUACCCGGUAUGGUGUGAAUACAUCAAUUUUCUUAAGGCUGGAGAAGCUCAAGGUGCAUAUGCUGAAAAUCAGAAGAUAGGACAAAUCCGCAAAGUCUACAGUAGAGCGGUGCAUACACCAAUACAUAAUAUUGAGGUGCUGUGGAAAGAUUACAGUCACUUUGAAAUGUCUGUUAACAAAAUGUUGGCAGAGAAACUGAUUCACGAGAAAACAAGAGAAUAUCAAAAUGCUAGACGUGCAGUAAAGGAGUGUGAAACCGUCACACAUGGUUUUAACCGCUCCCUACCUGCCACACCACCCACCGGUGCUGCUUUUGAAAGCUCACAAAAACAAUUGUGGAGAAAAUAUAUAGGAUGGGAGAGAUCGAAUCCCUUGAAAGCUGAUGAUCAAAACCUGGUUGUUAAGAGAGUUAUGUUUGCAUUCGAACAGUGUUUAUUGUGUUACGCAUUUCACCCGGACAUGUGGUAUGAAGCUGCAUCAUAUCUUGAAAACACAGGACGAGAAUUAAUUGAAAGAGGAGACAUGCAAUCUGGACAGAAGUUGUGGGAAGAAGCAGUGGCAUUAUAUGAACGUGCAACGUCUACAUUUUUAAAGAACAAUUUGCUGCUUCAUUUUUCAUAUGCUGACUUUGAAGAGAGUCGCAAACGUUAUCAAAAGGUGCACAGUAUAUAUGAUAAACUUUUAGAAGAAAAUAUUGAUCCUACAUUGGUAUAUUGUCAGUACAUGAAGUUUAGUCGCCGUGCUGAGGGUAUUAAAGAAUGCCGUGAAAUAUUUAAAAGAUCGAGAGAGGACGGAAGAGCUCAGUUUCAUGUUUUCAUAUCGGCAGCACUUAUCGAACACUACUCUAAUAAAAAUUCAAAAGUCGCAACCAACAUAUUUGAGCUUGGACUAAAAAAAUACGCUGAUAAUGAAGAUUACAUCAUGGCUUACAUUGACUAUAAAAUUGCGCAAAAUGAGGACAAUAACACACGCGUUUUAUUUGAACGAUUGUUAAGUAUCGUACCAAGAGAAAAACAAAGAUUGGUUCUUGGUCGUUACAUGGAAUUUGAAGCACGGUACGGUGACUUGGCCAGCAUAUUUAAAAUUGACAAAAGAAUGAGUGGAUCGAACUCUUCCCAGACUGGUUUUGAAGAACGUGAUCCUACUAUGUUGGUGGAACGAUACAAGUAUAUUGACCUGCUACCAUGUAGUGCAAACGAACUGAGAAGUAUGGGAUAUACACCGAGAGCAGCGAAAUCAAAUAUCACAGAUACCAGUUACACACCUGCACCAGUUACUGAAACAUCUGUCGCUGUUGUGAAGAAGGAACUGCCGAAACCUGACUUUAAUCAGAUGAAGCCAUUUAAACCAACCAUAGCAACCAGUGCAAGAAUGGGAACUAACAUAGCUUCGGGUGGUGUAUUCCCUGCGCCGCCAGCUGUAGCAGAUCUUCUUCUUCAACUGCCACCACCGACGAGUUUCAGGGGUCCAUUUGUGAUCGUUGAUAAACUGAUUGAAAGUAUGCUCAAUGUAAAUCUUGAUGACGUCAAAAGUCAUCAAAGUCUCACAAACGGUGACGAUAAACGAGGUAUGAAACGUUUACACGAUAGUGACGAUGAGUCUUCGUAUCAACCUCCAUCAAACGAUUUGUAUCGAUCACGUCAACAAAAAAGAGUUCACCCUGUCACAUAGACUGUCUUCAAAGAUGUAUAUUUUAGUUUUUAACAGUAAAUAUAGUAUUCCUAAUAAAA